GAACAAGGAUAUCCGUUUACUGAUGCAAGCUGAAGUAUAUUAGUCCUGUCGUGGAGUAAGACUGAAACUUACGGAAGCAUAUAAAAAAAGUGUUUUCUUCUUAGAUAAAAUUGCUGAAGGGAGAAAACAUGUUUUAUAUCAACAUAUUAUUGCAGCUGCUUUUUCCAGCUGCUGUGGCUUCAUGGUCAGUUUCAUACAACCCUGGGAGCAUGUGUGCAUUGGAAAGAGCAUCUGUGGAUUUCAGCUGCAUGUUUGAUUGUCCGGAUUCUCACAGACUUAAAACAACAUAUUGGUUCAAACCUGAAGCUCAUCAGAAACAAGACGGAUCACAGGUGGGAAUAUCUGUCUAUAACUCAGAACCAGCCAAGAUUCACCAGCUGUACAAAAACAGAACAACGUAUGCAAACCGAGACAAAAACUGCUCACUGCAGUUACACAAUGUCUCCAAAAGUGACACUGGAAUGUAUUUCUUCCGCUUUGAAACAUAUUCCUCUCGAGGAAAAUACACUGGAUGGGGUGGUAUAAAGCUCACUGUAGCAGUUCUACCUUUUAGAGUAACAGUAAAAACAAAAAAGGUGAAUGAACACAUCCAGGAAGGAGACCCUGUGGCACUGACAUGCAGCACAGAAAACUGCAUCCUAACACAAGAGCCGUUUGCCUGGUUUAAAAACCAACGUCUGAUUCCAGAAGCCACUGGCAGUGUGCUCCAAAUCACCUCUGUCUCAUCCGAUGAUUUUGGCUACUACUCCUGUGGUCUGAAGAACAUCCGCUCAGCUUCAGCAGAUGAAGUAUUGCUUGAUGUAAGAUAUAGUCCAAAGAACGUCAAAAGAUCAGUUUUGCCAUCUGGAAAGAUACAAGAAGGAAACUCACUGACUCUAAUCUGCGAGAGCAAUGCCAAUCCUGCAGUGACAAACUACAGUUGGUUUAUGAUCAAAGAAGCAUACGUCUCUUAUAUAGGAUCAGAUCGUGAAUUCUCCAUCAAAUCUGCCAGUCAGAAGGAUGACGGACAGUACUUCUGCACUGCUAAAAAUGACAUGGGUUCUCAAAAUUCAACAGUCACGGCACUGAAAGUUGAAGUGGCCAGUAACCGAAAUUUCUUCCUGACCGCAGCAGCUGUGUUUUUGUUUCUAACGGCUGUACUACUGUUAGUCAUGUUUGGUCUCAUUAUAAGGAGGAGGAAGCAGUUUACAUCAAAGAAGCAGCCCACAGAACAGACACCUGCAGUCACUGUCACAGAGGAGAUCUAUGAGAACCUGAGAAAAUCACCAGAGUCUGAGGACAACCUUACCACAAAUGUGCUAUAUGUGGAUUUAAGGCUUGCUUCCUCAACCUCAGACAGACCACCUUGCAAAAAUCAAGAGAACGACACCGUGAUCUACAGCCUUCUUAGUUACAAACACUGAAUGAUGACUCCUAGCAUUGUGAAUAAUGAGCUUUAACAAGCAGCUGUUGAAUGUAUUCAUCUCUUUUUAUUGAAAACAAUCUCAAAUGUCUAUAGUUGCGAAUGCAUUUAUAACUGAGUACAAAAUGACUAUAGAGACACUCUAUAUAAUGAGUAUGGAAGCAUUAAAGAAAUUAUUUACAUAAUGUACAGGAAAGAUCAAAAACUAUUAAUAAAUCUAUAUGUACAUCUUUCUGCAGGCAUCUGUAUUUACAUCCACAUUUAAUAUUCACUUGAGCAAAACAUUCAUACAUGGUGCAUAAAUGUAACAAUAUAUGAAGUUG